AUACAAUUAUUCGAGCAUCAUAAAAAACGAUCGUUAUUGCACAUAUCACAAAGCGACGUUCAAACAAUAUUCAUUUCACGUGCUCAUCCUAUACAUGGGAAGUGAAAAAAACAAAUGAUGUACUUGUAUAAGCGAAAAUACAGUAUGCGUAAAUAAAAGCCGAAAACUGAACAGAUCCGAAAAAAUAUAUCAGUAAGCAUUCGGUGCUUGGAUAUUUUGCACAUGUUUCUAAUAUAAGCGGCACAACUGUAUUUUUGAAAUAUAUUUCAAAAACAUUUUAGUGAAUCGUGAGUCUAGUGAAUCUAUUUAUAGCUUGAAAAUUCGCUCAGAUUUCCGAUGCACCAUUAGCAUACUUUUAAAAGUUGUCCGUAUAAAAACUCGAAUGAAAAGAAACUGAUAAUUCAACAAAAAAACUUUGUUAGCAGUUAUAGUAAUAUUUUUGUGCCAUAAAUUUAAUCAAAGGGAAUAUGAUGAAUAACGAAACCGUCGAUUACGAAGACUCGGCUCGAAAAUUACCAAAGCAGUUCAAUUUCUGGAGAGGAAUAUAUAAUAAAGACAAAAACUACAUUUUUGGGCGUACACCGAAGAACUGGGGUGAACUUCUUCUUUUCUACUCGAUAUUUUAUAUAAUUCUCGCUGCGUUAUUUGCAAUAUGCAUGCAAAGUCUUUUAUGGACAUUGGAUAAAAAAGUUCCUAAGUGGACAUUGAAUGAAUCGCGAAUAGGUGAUAACCCUGGUUUAGGCUUUAGACCUAUGCCUUUAAAUAUAUCUCAGGGCUCUUUGGUUUGGUUAAACAGUAGAAACGCAUCAACUAUAAAAAAUUAUGUCGAUUUGAUUGAUUCAUUUUUGUAUCCAUACGAGGAAGCAACACUCCAUCCACAUGAAAAUUCCGUGAAUUGCGAUUUUGAAAACUUGCCUUCAGCUGAUAAAGUGUGCAGGGUAAAUCUUAGUCAUUUUGGACAAUGCACCGCAGCAAACUCAUACGGUUACAACAGUUCCCAGCCAUGUAUAUUCUUGAAAUUAAAUAGGAUUUUCAAUUGGACACCGGAACCGUUUUUUGGGGAUACAGCUCUUCCAGAAAAUAUGCCCAAUGAUCUUAAAUUAUAUAUCAAAUCUCUGCAAGAGAAAGAGCAAAAUCAAGUGUUUAUUUCAUGUGAAGGACAGAAUCCAAGUGACAAAGAUUCCAUUGGAAAGAUUUCAAUUUCACCUAGAGGAUUUCCUCAUUAUUUUUUCCCGUACAAAAAUAAAGAAGGAUAUUUAAGUCCUUUGAUUUCGGUACAAUUCGAAUCACCACAAAGAAACAAAAAUAUCAAUGUUGAAUGUAUAGCUUGGGCUAAAAAUAUUGUUUAUCGUGGAGGUUUAAGAGAUCGUCAGGGCUCCAUUCACUUCGAAUUGAUGAUUGACUAGAAAUUUUUUUUGUAGACCAAUUUCUUCUAAAUAUCGAGAAUCAUCAUUAAUGUUUUAUCUUGAGUUGUUAUUGUACUUAUCUUUUGAAUAAAUAUCUCCCAUUUUGUUGCAAAUAA